UGGUGUUAGUAGUACUCGAUCGCUCUGUAUCACUCUGUCACGAUAGACACGCGACUAGGUGACUGCCAUGUGCUAUGCAUGCGUGCUAUGCGUGUAUGUAGGGCGCAGUAUCGAAUACUUGAGGGCAUCGCGAGCGCCAUAGCUCAUAAACAGCGUCGUCAUCCUCUUCUUGCACUUGAAGACUUCAAACUUCGUACCUCUCGAUUAUAAUGUCUGUUUCCACACUAUUGUGGGGGAGGACUGAAGCGAAACAAACCUCGCAACUUGUUGUUCUGAAACAUGGUCAAAAACGGGUUAUGGCCAAAAGGCAAAGGUCGUAUAAUCUCAUGCUGGACUCGGCAUGCAAACAUUUUCCAAGCAUUCCGAGAGAUGUGGUCACAUUGCAGACAAAUCAACUCGAUAUUUGCGAUGGUCACUUUGUGGACAUCACGGCUGAAACAUGGGACGAGAUCAUUGACUUGCUUACCUUCAUUGAGGUGACUCGUGCAGAAAUGGCAUUGCCCCUCCCACCGCAGUCUUUAGCUAAAGACAGCUCGAACAAUAACAAAGUCAAGAAUGGUGACUCCAUCAAUCCCCUGCCAUCGCUGCGCGGUGGCAAACCAGUCAUUUAUCUAUACUCGCCCUCCGAUAUCGAUGUCUCUGUCAAGCUUUCCCUCAUUCCUGAGUGGAGCCUCUCUGUCAUCUAUCCCGUUGUUACCACGGAAGACCAUGGACAGCGUUUAGAAUGGAAUGUCUGCACCCAUCAAGAUGGGAGUCUGACAGAACAUAAUUCUGGUUUAGAUGUGGCGUACUUGUUUUGGGAGGCGGAGACAAAUUCGCCUCAUUCACCAGCAUCCAAACCGCAACCAGUGGAUACAUUCAGUCCCACAUCCAGUAGUCUCAGCGAUACAGAUUCAGUUGUCAUUCCAGUCGACAAAAUAACUGUUUACCUCGAUAAAUCACUCAAGGCUCUGGGACUUCACACCGAAGCUAGAACAUCAUUCAUAACCUACUGGCUACCAUCCAUCCUCAAGCACGAAUACAUUGCCCUCCGAUUCGUCCCUCAAGCAGCAUACGAACGCGCCGCUUCCUUGAGCAUCUCUCCACGGCCUGACGUCGUGACUCGCGUGUUCAUGCUGUUCAGAGGUAUCUCUAAGGAGCACUUGGUAGAUUGGUCUAAUGCCCAGAUACAAGCAGAGAGAGACGUUGCUUGGUGGGUGGAUGUAGUUGGAGUGGAUCUUGCAAGGGCCGGUGAUAUGGCUUUGUUCAGGGUGUUGGAAUGGGGAGGGAUGGAAGUUCUCAUUUGAUAUU